ACGCAGCUUACAGUCUCAAUAGUCUGCACGACGUGCAUGGACGUGCACUCACACGUGGAAAGCAAAAAGGGAUAACGAAAAGGCUUCGCGACCACCGUAACUCGUUGGACAUACGAUACAUGCGUAUUCAACGUUGAUUUUCAUCAUUGCAAGACAUGACAUACAUUGCCGAUCUAAUGUAUCUUGGCAAGUUUUAAGUUUGAGAAAGUAAAAUACGGACGAAAGGCAUAACACUGAAACAUGAUUUUUACAAGGAUUAGAUCGUCUCUGUUAAACCAGUGGCACGAUGGACGUUCCGAACAGAAGCGCUUAUUCAAAAAACUAAUAAAUAAAAAUAAAUUUGAUGUGAUCGUCGUUGGUGGUGGUCAUGCUGGAACCGAAGCAUCUGCUGCCGCUGUCAGAAUGGGUGCCAAGACACUGUUAGUUACUCAAAAAAAAAGUACUAUAGGAGAAAUGUCGUGUAAUCCAUCCUUUGGCGGAAUCGGAAAGGGUCAUCUGAUGAGAGAGGUGGAUGCUUUAGAUGGAGUGUGCUGUCGUAUAUGUGAUAUUUCGGGAAUACACUAUAGAGUCUUGAACAAGCGCAAGGGACCGGCGGUAUGGGGUCUUAGAGCUCAGAUCGACAGAGCGUUGUACAAGAAAUAUCUUCAAGCGGAACUCUUCAAUAUGCCUGGAUUACAUAUCUAUGAAUCCUCUGUGGAAGAUCUGAUUUUGGAGAACGAGCCUUUGUCCUGCCAAGGGGUAAUUCUCAAGGAUGGAACGAAGAUAUUUGGUGACGCGGUAGUUAUAACUACGGGAACUUUUCUGAAAGGUCAAAUAAAUAUCGGGUUAGAGAAAAGACCCGCAGGUAGAUUAAACGACGAACCCAGCAUUGGUUUGGCUAAUACACUCGAGAGACUUGGAUUUCAAAUAGGAAGAUUGAAAACUGGCACACCACCAAGGUUGGAGAAAGAUAGCAUCGAUUUUACCAAAUGUAAAAAAUCUUUGCCAGACGAGUCUCCUAUACCGUUCUCGUUCAUGAGCGAUAACGUAUGGCUGCCGCCCGACAAACAAGUACUAACGUAUCUGACGUUUACCAAUGAAAAAGUUGCACAGAUCAUAAGGGAUAAUAUGCAUUGUAACUUACACGUAACAGAGGAGAUAUCGGGUCCACGAUACUGUCCGAGUAUAGAGAGUAAGAUUUUGCGAUUCAAAGCGCUUCAACAUCAGAUUUGGCUGGAACCGGAAGGUUUGGACUCACCAUUGAUUUAUCCAAGUGGAUUGUCAUGCACUUUACCAGAAGACAAGCAAGUUGAACUCGUUAAAUGUAUCCCAGGAUUGGAAAACGCUUGUUUAAUCAGACCUGGUUAUGGUGUCGAGUACGAUUAUGUAGACCCCAGAGAAUUAACCACCCAAUUGGAGACCAAAAAAAUUCCAAGACUGUUUCUCGCUGGACAGAUAAAUGGCACCACUGGUUACGAGGAAGCAGCUGCACAAGGUAUCGUUGCGGGUGUUAACGCGGCUGCUAAGGUGUUUAAGAAACCGCCGCUUCUGAUAAGUCGAACCGAGGGCUACAUUGGCGUUCUCAUCGACGAUUUAACGACGGAGGGUACCACAGAACCGUACAGAAUGUUCACCAGCAGAUCGGAGUUUCGAGUGAGCCUGCGUCCCGACAAUGCCGACCAGAGGUUGACGGAAAAGGGUUAUACGAUAGGCUGCGUCUCUCGCGAGAGACUCGAGAGGACAAAGAAAGUUUUUCGUAAAAUGCAAGAAGCGAUACAGAUACUCAAAAGCGACGUGCGGACAUGCACCAAAUGGCGACAAUUGCUUAACAUAAAAAAAUCUAAGGCCGUUGAUCACAAAUCAGCAUUCGAGAUGCUGUCCCUGACAACCGAAGAAGUUACGUUUGCACGACUGGCGAAACUAUUGCCGGACUUACAAUACUUAGAUAGGGAUCCCAAUCUGACGAGAAGAAUAGAGAUAGAGGCGAAAUACGGUUACAUUGUUGCGGAGCAACAGGAUCAAGUGAAUGAUAUUAAGAGAAACGAGCAGAUGACUAUACCCGAUGAUAUUGACUAUAAUAGUCCUAAGUUGAAUCUAUCUAAUGAAGAUCGAGAGAAGCUUUCGAAAUACCUUCCACGCACGAUUGCAGCAGCCAAUAAAAUCUCGGGUGUGACACCUUCAGCUAUUUUGAGGCUACUUUUUUAUGUUAAACAUCAUUCCAACGAGAAUGUUGCGAGAACACAUUAACGUAUUAUAAUAGCGAAAAAUAAAUGAUAAUGACUUUCACGAA